AUGGGGUUCGAACGACAAACUCAAAGAAGCGUCCGCUCCUGGUUUGCUUUUUAUUUGGCUCUCCUGCUGUCUGUCGGAAUACGGGCUUUGGCAGAAAUAAGAUACUCUAUUCCAGAGGAGGUACAAGAUGGAACUGUUGUGGGAAAUGUUGCGAAGGAUCUUGGCCUUGACGUCACCUCUUUGAUUGGCCGACGGUUCCGUGUGGUUUCUGAAUCCAAGGAUGCGUUUUUUGAGGUAAACCAGAACAAUGGGGCUCUGUAUGUGCAUAAGAAGAUCGACAGAGAGGAGCUCUGUCACGGUAGUGGUGCAUGUCUAAUGGAGCUUAAGGUAAUAGUCGAAAAUCCUCUGGAAAUACACUACUUAGUUGUAGAAAUUACUGAUGUAAAUGAUCACUCCCCUAAUUUUCCCGAAACAGAACAGAUAUUUCAGAUAUUUGAACAAACAUUACCCGGCAGGCGAUUCCAGCUGCACACUGCUCGUGACCCCGACGCUGGCAUUAACUCUAUUCGCACAUACACUUUGACGUUAAACGAUCACUUUGAAGUAGACAUCCGCCAAAGUGAUGAGGACAAAAUACCAUUUUUAGUGCUAAAGAAAUCUUUAGACAGAGAACAAAAGAACAAACACACGCUUCUUGUAACAGCAGUUGAUGGAGGUAAACCUCCAAAAUCAGGGACACUAAAUAUUUCCAUUAUUGUUCUUGACAGUAAUGAUAACCGUCCGAUGUUUAGUCAGGAGACAUAUCAAAUUGCAUUACAAGAAAACGUUCCAAUCGGUACUUCAGUAUUCAGAAUGAAUGCAACGGAUCCCGAUGAGGGCGCUAAUGGGGAAAUUGAAUACAGCCUUGGAAAAACUCUAAAGAAAAAAGUAUAUGACAUUUUUGAAUUGAACAAAUUAACUGGGGAGAUUAUAGUUAAAGGAGUAGUCGACUAUGAAGAAAACGAGGUCUAUAAACUCGAUGUUGAGGCAUCCGAUAAAGGAACGCCUCCACUGACAGGUGAGUGUAGAGUCAUUAUAAAGAUAAAAGACGUUAACGAUAAUCCACCGGAAAUAGAAGUCACAUCACUGUCAAAUACAGUGUCUGAAGAUUUAAAACCUGGCACCGUUAUUUCACUUAUUAGUGUAAGGGAUAAAGACUCCGGUGUGAAUGGAAAAAUUAUCUCAAGCGUAACGUCUGACGUGCCUUUUGAAUUAAAACCUUCUUAUAAGGAAAACAUUUAUUCAGUAGUUACUAAGGAUUUCUUGGAUCGAGAGAAGGUGUCAUAUUAUGAAAUAACAAUAAAAGCCACCGAUUGUGGUGAACCUCCCUUGUCUACUUUCAAAACCCUCAACAUUCAUAUAUCAGAUGUAAACGACAAUAGACCACAAUUCUCUCAAAAUCCUUUACAAUUUUACCUUGUAGAAAACAACAUUGCUGGAAAUUCAAUAUUCUCUGUAAGUGCAACGGACAAUGAUACCAAUGACAAUGCAGCUAUUUCGUAUCAUAUUGUCAGAGAAGGAAUUCAAAAUGACAUAAUGACUUUCCUAAAUAUAAACUCCGACAAUGGACACAUCACAGCGCUAAAAAGUUUUGACUUUGAAACUCUGAAAACGUUCCAGUUCCAAGUUGUUGCCUCAGAUUCAGGAACUCCGUCACUGAGCAGCAACGUCACAGUGAACGUGUUCAUUCUGGAUCAGAACGACAACGCUCCAGUCAUCCUGUAUCCAGUCAGCUCUAACGGUUCUGCUGAAGGUGUGGAGGAGAUUCCCCGCAAUGUGAACGCAGGACACCUGGUGACUAAAGUCAGAGCCUAUGACGCUGAUAUAGGAUAUAACGGCUGGUUACUGUUUUCACUGCAGGAAGUUACUGACCACAGUCUCUUUGGUUUGGACCGCUAUACAGGACGGAUCAGAACACUUCGCUCAUUCACAGAGACAGACGAGGCUGAGCAUAAACUGGUCAUACUGGUGAAAGACAAUGGGAACGUCUCACUGUCAGCAACAGCUACUGUGAUGGUCAAAGUUGUGGAGCCCAAAGAGGCUUUUGCUGCUUCUGAUGUUAAAAGUGCAACAAAGGAUGAUGAGGACAGUAAUGUGACUUUUUACCUGAUGAUAACUUUGGGCUCAGUCUCAACACUUUUUCUCAUCAGUAUCAUCGUGCUGAUUGCAAUGCAGUGCUCUAAAUCCACAGAGUAUACUUCUAAAUACCUACAAGAGACUAAUUAUGACGGGACACUGUGUCACAGCAUCCAGUACAGAUCUGGAGAAAAACGCUACAUGUUAGUGGGACCCAGAAUGAGUGUAGGAUCUACUAUAGUCCCGGGCAGCCAUGCGAACACUCUAAUGCUCCCUGACAGGAGGACACCUGGAGAGUAUCUAGACUAG